AUGUCGUCCCUAACUGAGCGCAUUGAACGAGUCAAGCAUCACGAUGCGGAAAAAGCCGAGCUAUUUAAGGAUCUCGUUGACCAGUUGAAAGAACUGGAAGAAGAGAAGCAGAAGAUUCAAAAUGAGUUGGAGCUCUCUCGAUAUCUCUGUGGAAAGCAGUUGGCAGAUCUGAAGACGAAGAACCAAGAUAUCAGUGGUCUUCAAAAGACGAUGGACUGUGAUCCUUUCGUUCUCUUUUUAGUCGAUGGGGACAUCACCAAGUUUUCUGAUGAUUAUAUCAAAAGGGGAGCCGCGGGGGGGCAUGAUGCAGCGCGAGAUUUGAGGAAAGCCGUCUAUGAAUACUUCGAGCCAAAGCCGGACUUCCUGCUCAACACAAAGAUUAUCAUACACAUCUUUGCCAACAUCGCUGGCAUGUUAAAGGUUUAUCAGGAGUCGAGAAUAUUGACAGAUUCCAGUAUUAUCCGCCAAUUUCUCCAAGGCUUCAACAGGGAACAUGCCCUCUCACAUUUCAUUGAUGCAGGCGAUGAUAAGGAAGCAGCUGAUAGCAAAGUCAAAGAGGAGAUGUCCUUGUUCUUCAACAAUACCCACUGCAAACACAUAAUGUUUGCAGGAUCCGGUGACAGCAGUUACGCUGGCUUUUUGAGGCAGUAUACACUCACUACUCAAGUAUGUUCAAGACUAGUCCUGGUUGAGUCAGUGCCGUUUGCGAACAAAUUCAUCGAAUUGGCCGACAAGUUUGAAAAGACUGAAUUCAAGAGCCUGUUUCGGGACUCCAAGAUAGAUAUCAGAAGACCCUCACUUCGAGAUGAAGCAGCUAGUCGUCCUCAGAGAUCACCACCUCCGAGUUACGCUUCGACUGUGAAGCAAGUAGGUCAGUCACAGUCCGAAGAAGAUAGUUUUCUCAAAGACGCGACCAGUCCCACCGCUGAACGGGGAGAGCGCCGAAAGAUUUUCCUCAAUAAGGAUGGACAUCGCGUCGACCGAGAUGUUAGACCAGAUAAGGGAUUGGUCACCAGUUUGAAGCCGAGGAAGCUUUGCAAUCGGCAUUUCCUCACGCGAUGCAAUUAUGUUUCGUGCAUGCAUUCCCAUGAGGGAACCUUGACACCGGCGCAGACCGAAGCAUUACGAUAUAUUGCCCGGUUGAGUCCUUGUCAAACGUUGCUUUGUGACGACCCUGAUUGUGUUGCCGGCCAUCGAUGUAUGGCCGGGUCGAAAUGUGAUAGGCGAGGGAGUAAUUGCUGGUUCAGCGAGGAGAUGCAUAAUGUGGAUACAACCAUUGUGAGAUCUCUCCCACCCUGA